GUCCAUGUCGACUGGCUGACCCACUUGUCAAGCCAAACACCACCAGCCUGACAGUCAGUCAGUCUAUAACUCAGUCUGAUGAAAAACUCAGAGAGGACGUCUGAGGACUAAAAGACUUCCAAAAACUCUGGAUUAACCAUUUCUUUAAGCAGGGUGGGAUACACAGUGAGAGAGUUUGGAAACCUGUAUUUUGAAGGGUUAAGUUCCAUUCAUGGUUUUCAGGCAGGAUGGGCUGUAUGAAGUCCACGCUGAGCGAAGGUCUGAGCGCAGUUGUGGAGGGGAAGAUCAGCCAGCAGACUGUACGUACCGACCAAACGCACUAUGUCAGAGACCCCACCUCCAAUAAAAAAAACAACAUAAAUAACUCCCUGCUACCUGGUCAGGUUUUCCAAAAACUGGAAGAGCAAAGGGGGGUUGGCAAAAUAGUGGUCGGCCUUUACCCGUACGAAGCCAUUCACCCGGAUGACUUAGGGUUCAAGAAAGGGGAAAAGAUGAAAGUCUUAGAGGAACGUGGCGAGUGGUGGAAAGCAAAGUCACUGACAACCAACAAAGAAGGAUUCAUCCCAUCAAAUUACGUCGCUCAGGCUGACACCAUGGAAACAGAGGACUGGUUUUUCAAGGACAUCACAAGAAAGGACGCAGAGAGGCAGCUGCUGGCUCCAGCUAACAAACCAGGCUCUUUUCUUAUCAGGGAAAGUGAAACAUCAAAAGGGAGUUACUCAUUGUCCAUCAGAGACAUUGACGCCCAGAGGAUAGAUUCAGUCAAACACUAUAAGAUAAGGAUGCUGGAUAAUGGCGGCUGCUACAUCUCUCCUAAAAUAUCAUUCCCUGACAUUGGCACUAUGAUCAAACACUACCACAGCAAAGCCGAUGGCCUGUGUCGUAAACUGGACCGUCCAUGCGUAAAACCCAAAGCUCAGAAACCGUGGGAUAAAGAUGCCUGGGAGAUUUCCAAAGAGUCUAUUAAGAUGGUGAAGAAACUGGGAGCAGGGCAGUUUGGAGAAGUCUGGAUGGCUUAUUACAACAACGCGACCAAAGUGGCGGUGAAGACUCUGAAGCCAGGCACCAUGACACCUGAGGCCUUCAUGGAAGAAGCCAACGUCAUGAAGACGCUGCAGCACGACAGGCUGGUGCGGCUCUACGCUGUCGUCACCAAGACAGAACCCAUCUACAUCAUCACGGAGUUUAUGGCAAACGGCAGCCUGCUGGACUUCCUAAAGAGUGAUGACGGGUGCAAGCUGCAACUACCCAAACUCAUCGAUUUCUCAGCACAGAUAGCAGAGGGGAUGGCAUACAUAGAGAAGAAGAACUAUAUCCACAGAGACCUGAGAGCAGCUAAUGUCCUGGUGUCAGAGAGCCUGCUCUGUAAAAUAGCUGACUUUGGACUGGCAAGAGUCAUAGAGGAUGAUGAGUACAGUGCCAGAGAAGGGGCUAAAUUCCCCAUUAAGUGGACUGCUCCGGAGGCCAUUAACUACGGCUCUUUCACCAUCAAGUCAGACAUGUGGUCCUUCGGAGUUCUACUCUACGAGAUUAUCACCUACGGGAAAAUCCCCUACCCAGGUAUGACUAAAGGAGAGGUGAUGUCCUCGGUGCAGCGUGGCUACAGGAUGCCCCAGCCUGACAACUGUCCUGCUGAGCUCUACGACAUCAUGACGUCCUGCUGGAAAAACAAACCUGAGGACAGGCCCACCUUUGAUUACAUGCAGAGCGUCCUGGAUGACUUCUACACUGCCACAGAGGGACAGUACCAGCAGCAACCAUAGACAGAGAUAAAGACAGGGAGACACUUCCAGAAAGACUUUAAUAUAUAAAUCCAUGUUAUGUCUGGAGCUACUUUAGUUGUGUGUCUUUAUUUCUUUGUAUAUAUGGCACAUUCUGUAUACAUUUCUAGACUGUGAUCAUUACGGUUUACACAAAAGUCUUGUGCCUAGACAUUUAAAUGUUUUGGACCAAGCAGACUGUUUGAUUUCAAUAUAUAUUUGUGUACAGAACUGAACAAAUGGCAGGCAUUAUACAAAGAGUUUGCAAAGGUGGGAUAGAAUAUAGGAGGCUUAGUGUCUUGACUGAUUCCUGGUCUAUGUAAAUAAUGUAAUAUUGGGAAAAAGGCGGUGUACAGGAAUAACUUACGUUGACUUACAUUGACAUUACGUUAAAAUAACUUACAGGUAAAACUAUAAAUAAACUGUAAUCUGUAAAUACCAAUGCACAGUUCUGCAGACUUGAUACACGUCUGUUCACCUUUCAUACUAAACAUUUCACUAUUUCACUAUUUGACUUCAAAAUGAAUUUAAUGCAGAGAAUGUAUCAGUUUAGUGGUGUUUUUUUAGGUAUUCAUAAAACAUAACGUGCAUCUCCAUGGCAGAGAUUAGUGAUAGCCUUUUUCAAGCAGGCACCUUGAAAUUUCUGUCUGGCACAUGUAUGUAAAAACAGAUUUACACAUUGUGGUGUUCCGUAAUAACAUUUCCAUUUGGGUUAUAGGUUAUUGGAGCGAAUGAUGCUCUACAAUGUUAUGACAAUCCAUUUUACAUUUCAUUGUUCAUUGUCUCAUAAAAGCUGCUCUAACCGUGAGACACUGAUCUCCUUGUGGUGUUAACAAAAAUUCAGUUAUUUUAAGUAAAUACUGUUGUAUCUGUUGCUUGCUGUGUCAUUAACCAGUGAGGGGUUGAUCACGUGUGAGUGCACUUCAUAUUGAAGUGUUGUAGCUCUUGCUUGUUUUGUGUGUUUCAGGGCUUAAAUGAGGAAUCUAUUGUCUUUAUCAUUUCAUCAUUUCAAAUAUGUUCUUUUAUAAUCGAAAGUGUCAUCAGGUCAGACUAAGUUGCUCUGGGUGUGCAAAACUAAAAGAAACUUCAGAUUAAAGUGCCAUGUGAAUGAAUGAGCUGUUUGCUGCUUUGACACUUAAUGAUAAUUUGAGCUGUACACUUGUUGCUGUUUGAAUGAGAAUGUGUACGUUUUGCAUGGAGUAAAGAUAUAUGCAGUAA